UUUCAACUUCCGUUGUAGCCAGACAAGAUGGUGCAACGAUUAACAUUAAGAAGACGAUUGUCUUACAACACAAAAUCUAACCAAAGGGUUGCUGUUCGCACUCCAGGUGGCAAAAAGGUUUAUAUUUACACAAAGAAACGAGGCAAGGUUCCUAAAUGUGGUGACUGCAAACAGACUUUAAAAGGGUUAAAACCAUGCAGACCUGUUGAUAUGCCUAAGAUGUCCAAAAAACGAAAGACAGUCAGCAGAGCUUAUGGUGGGUCUCGAUGUCAUAGAUGUGUCCGAUCUAGAAUUCUCAGAGCUUUCCUCAUUGAAGAACAGAGAAUUGUUGUCAAAGUUUUAAAGGCACACAAAGCCGGCAAAAAGUAAAUGUAAAAAAUAAAUUUGAAAAAAAUAAAUAUGUACAAGACGUUUUUUUUUU